CGCUGAGCGGCGCUGUGAGGGGGAAGGAGGCGGCUGAGGGAGAGGGGCUCAGAGGCUGUUCCUGUCGGGUUUUGUGUGAGGAGGAGGAGGAGGAAGCGAAAGAGAAGGCGAAGGCGAGCCUCGGUCGGCUUCCCCGCUCAAUGUGAGGGAGAGGCCCGGCUGAGGCGGAACAUGUCCUCCGACAACGGCUUCGACCGGGCUCCCGGUGCUGGCCGCGGCCGAGGGGGAGGCGCCCCGCUGGGCCCCGAAGGCGGAGGCGGCCGAGGCUUCGGUGGCCCCGAGCCCCUCAAGCAGGGAGGCUUCGUCACAGGCCCGCCAGGAGCCGCCCCCUCAGAACAGGCAAAAGCUACAUCUGUUCCAGGCUCUGCAACAGCUAGAUCUCCAGUGGUAAAAUCAAAGCUAUCAGUGAAUGCACCUGAGUUUUAUCCCUCAGGAUAUAGUUCUAAUCUUACAGAAUCUUCUUUGGAAGAUGGUAAUGGUGGCAGUCCAACGCUAACGGAAUAUGUGCAGGACUUUCUAAGCCACCUUGCAGAACAGCCAGCUUGCUUUGAAACUGAAAUAGCACAUUUUUCAGAAACUUUAAAUGGUUCUGUUACUACAGAUGAAGCAUUACAAGAACUGGUUGAACUCAUUUACCAACAGGCUACAUCUGUCCCAAAUUUUUCAUACAUGGGUGCAAGGCUGUGCAAUUACCUUUCUCAUCAUCUCACAAUUAAUCCACAAAGUGGUACCUUCAGACAGUUAUUGCUUCACAGGUGCCGAAAAGAGUAUGAAAAUAGAGAUGAAGCAGCAAAGGGAGAUGAAGCUACACGAAAAAGAUUUCAUGCAUUUGUGCUAUUUUUAGCUGAACUUUAUCUAAAUCUAGAGAUUAAAGGAACUAAAGGUCAAGUAACUCGAGCAGAGAUUCUUCAGACUGGACUUCAUGAAUUAUUAAACACUCUUUUUUCUAAUCCUGUGGACAACAAUUUAAUAUGUGCAGUAAAACUACUAAAAUUGACAGGAUCUGUACUGGAAGAUGCAUGGAAAGAAAAAGGAAAGACUUAUAUGAAUGAUAUAAUACAGAAGAUUGAAAAUGUUGUCUUGGAUGCAAAUUGCAGCAGAGAUGUAAAGCAUAUGCUUCUGAAACUAGUAGAACUACGAUCAAGUAACUGGGGAAGGGUACAUAUAACUUCAACAUACAGGGAAGCAACUCCAGAAAAUGAUCCCAACUAUUUUAUGAAUGAACCAACAUUUUACACAUCUGAAGGUGUGCCUUUCACUGCAGCAGAUCCAGAUUACCAGGAGAAAUAUCAAGAACUCCUUGAUAGGCAAGAUUUAUUCCAAGGUUGUGAAGAAAAUGGAACAGAUCUAUCAGGAACUGGGGACAUAUUGUUUGAUGAUGACGACGAUGAGGACGAGAUGGACCCUGAAAUUGAAGAAGCAUAUGAAAAAUUUUGCUUAGAAUCAGAACGCAAGAGGAAACAGUGAAACAUUUCACAUGAAUAUUCAUAUUUUUUAAAAAAAAAAAAACCAACAGCAUAGGUAUGAAUAGCAAGUAGAUGGGAUGGAAAGUUUUGGUCUAAGUAAAGGAAAUUAAGUUCAUCCAAGUUAUGCAAUUACUGUUUUGUUGAACAAUCUGCCAAAAAAUGUAAACAAAUCCUGUAACUUAAACAAUCUGUAUAUAUCAUAGUUUAUUUUAUGUACAGUUAAAUAAACCAUGCUUGGGCUGGAACAAAUUUUGUUUGAAACAUGCCACGGAUCUACAAAAUUGAGGUUUGUUGUAUUAAAAGUUAUUAUUUUCUGAAUCCCUUCAAAUCAUAAAGUACAUUUUGACUUCUUUGUGGAAUGGAUUUAUACUCUUUCUCUCUCCUUCAUAUAGUACAUAGUUCUCAUCCCAUAUUUUUAAACUCAUGGAACUGCCAAAUAUGUUUUUAAUUGUUAUACAAUCAUGAAAACUGGAAGCACCCAAGGAAAAACUGCAAAUACAUAUUGUUUUCAAACAGCUAGAUAUUUGGUAAGAUGUUUUAAUUCAUUACCAUUAACUUCAUCAAAUUAGUUUCGUUCAGAUGUCAUCUUAGUAAUUCUCCCAACUGCUGUUUAAAAAAUGAAGAGUACCUCCCAUUGUGCAGAUUUUUUCUGGCAAAGCCAUAGCUUUCCAUAAUGCACAAGUUGGCUAAAUUAUGAUCAGGUUGCUUUCAAGCUAUGAAACUUCACAAGGAAACAGAGUUCUCCAUUUUCACAGCACCCAUGAUUUAAAGAAGCUUUUCCAGGGUUCAGGUUCAAAGAUGCUGGCAGAUAAAUACUCUAAUCAUUGGCCAUUCUAGCUGGAGAAGAUAAGAGUUGUAGUCCAAAAUCUUGAGACCUAAAUUUUGGGAAAUCUGGUUUUAGAUUCAGUUUCAUGCCUGAAAGUAGUAGCCAUUCCCUCUUCUUCGAAAACACAUUAAAUUGUUUUUAGUUAAAAGUAGCACAAACAUUAGUUCUGAUAUGCAGUACAGUGCAAGUAUUGCAUUAUAAAGCAUCUCAUCAGUUCUGCCACUCCUAAAUUUAGUUAAUUUAGGUACGUUAUGCAGCCACUAGUUUCAUAAUAGAGAAAAUAACAAAUUCUAAAUAUGUCUGCUGGUUACUGUAUCUUCCCUUGUAAUCAUCUGUUUUUGUCCCUGUUAAAAAUUUCCCAGGACACUUCUAAAAAAUUUGUUUCUCAUUUUAUAUUGAAUAGAUGAAGUAGAGUCUAUUUCCUAACACCAAGUGUGUUUGUAGAACUUUCCAAGAAGUAGGUUAAAUAACACACAUGAAGACAGAGAUUGUAAAUAUGCAUGUAAAUAGUGCUGUUUAAUAUUGCACUGUUAUAAGUUGGUACAGUUUGUGUCUGUUAAUGCAGUUAGCAUCUACUACAUCUGGUUAUUCAUUUGUUUAGCUAAUUAGUUAACACCAUAUUUUAAAAAUAAACUGAUUUGUUUUGUUGGG